AUGUGCACUAAACAAAGCAAGCGUCUGUAAUAUACUUAUAAGCACUGACGGCAAGAGAACCAAAGAAAACAAACCAGCAAAGAUGAAGAUUGCUUUGACAAACCUCAUGUUUUGCAUGGCCAUGCUGACUAGCGUGGUGUCAAAUUACCCAUUUGAGAGGAAGGCAGCAGCAGGGAAGGAGAAGAAGGCACAGUACGCCUCCUGGGAUGAUAUGAAUGUGAUCGCCCAUGGGCUGCUACAACUGGGCCACGGCCUGAAGGAGCAUGUGGACAAGGCCAAGGGCCAGAUGAGAGACAUCUCCACCAAGCUCAGGUCCUUCAACAGCACAGUGACUGAGCUGGGCAAGCAGACACAGCGUCUUCAGGAAGAUGGAGAGGCACUGAAAGCCAAGGCACGGGGGCUGGAAGAGCGAGAGAAUCAAGUACUCAAUAUCUCCUCUGAACUCUGGGAGAGAGCUGAAGAGCUGCAGAGAGACCGGCAGAAGGUCCAUGAGAGGAUAGGCAAGCUGGAGGAAAAGGUGGAUGGCAUGCUGCAGGGAGAGGGGCUAGAGAUCGUCAACAACACCGACGCCCACAUUGUCCGGUGGAUGCUGGAGGCGCAAAGUCGACGUAUUGAUGACCUAAUGGAGAGAAUCCGUCAACAACAGGAAAAACUGGAAAAGCAGAGUGUACGCAUCCGAGCGCUUCAUAACCAGAUCAAAGAAAAUCGUUCUCUCAGACGCAAAACUGAAGAAGCCGCUCUCAGUGGAAGCACUGCUCAAGGCGAUUCGUCGAAGAGGGUAGCCUCAGAUUGUCAUGAGCUGUCCCUGCAAGGUGAGAGCAUCAGUGGAGUGUACAUCAUCCAGCCAGUCAAUUCACAGCCCUUUGAAGUUUUCUGUCAAAUGACAUCUGAAGGUGGAUGGACAGUCAUUCAGAGGCGUCAGGACGGCUCUCUGGAUUUUGACCAGGUGUGGCAGGCCUACCGGAAUGGCUUUGGCAACCUGAAUGGUGAGUUUUGGUUGGGGCUGGAGAAGAUUCACACCCUGUCCAAACAAGGCGACUACAUUCUGGAGGUGGAGAUCUCUGACUGGAAGGAUGAGUCUCAGUCCAUCAGAUACCCAUUCCGCCUCGGCGGGGAGGAGAGCAACUACGCUCUGUUUCUGAAGGAGGGCUCCUCUGCUAACCUGGAGAGUGCCCUGAGUACAGAUCCCUCCGGUCUUCCCUUUUCCACCCAAGACAGAGACAAUGAUCAGAAGAUGGAUACCAACUGUGCCAAGCACCUCUCCGGUGGCUGGUGGUUUAGCAACUGUGGGCAAUCCAACCUAAACGGAAAGUACUUCAGCAGCCCUCCUCCCAAGCAAAGGCACCAGAGGAAGCAGGGGGUGUUUUGGAAGACCUGGAGAGGGCGCUACUAUCCCUUGAAGAGCACCACCAUGAAGAUCGCCCCAGCUGGCAUUGAUUACGAGUCAUAGGGAGCAAUUGUGGUUCUCUUGAAUCUUUCCUCUUAAAUUAAAAACACUGACAGGAAGCUGGGAGAAAAGGAACAUACAGUACUGAUACUGACUGGCCUGGAGUACGGAUCCUGUAGAGUCUAAACAGAGGUAGGCUGCCAGAAUUUUUCACAUGGUUGUCAGAGAGAAGACUCAUGGUAGAUCAUCUGGUGCAAAGCUCAGUGGAUACUUGCAUGUUCUUAUGCAGAGACCAAAGUAACUGAAUUUUGCCUGGCUUCAGCAAUAACCUUACAGAAGCAGGGACCAAAGCACUGUAUUAUUACAUAGCUCCAUCCUUGCAGAUGAAUCCAAUGUUUUGUUGUUUUGUAAAUUAAGUUGGAUAUGCAGCAAUAUGCAAAAAAUAUGCAACAACGCAAUUUAAAAAUGCUCAGUAGUUUUGGGAGAUUGUUGUACUGUUCCCCAAAAGCUUGUUACUGUAUUCCUUUGUACUGUGUCAUAAAUACUGAAUGUAGCAGAAUGUUGCAUGUCCUAGCAUGCGUUGCUCAUUUAAGUCUGAGCAUUAAAACAUAUAAAGACCCACAUGAAGGGGUUACUCUGAUGCAGUUCUGAGUUGCACAAAAUCAAGUCUGAUUUCUGUCACAUGGAACAAGUGUAUCAUGACCCCACUGCCCUCAAAUUCCAGCCCCCUUCCUCACUAAGUGUACUGAAAUGCAUACAAGCAGAGCUGGGCACAAAAGAGGCAAAGCGGGUUUAUCCACUUAAAUAGAAUAAAUAAACCAUGAAAAGGAAUUACUGAAUACACAGUGAAUGUUUUCUAGAAUAAGUUAAUGUUUUCUUGAUUAGAAAAUUUCUUUUUGUGAAACUCAAAGUUGUCAUGUUAUCAGAUAUUUUUGUGAGCGCUAAAAAAUGUUAAAUGUAUAAAGUGAUAAAUGCAUAUGCUGAGACCUCUCAGAAAUCUGGCUCUUGCCUGUAUGUGCAGAUUUGAUUCUGGAUCCAAGUGAACCCUCGCUCCACUCAUUACCAUGUGGAGAUUUUCUCUCAGUCACAUUGACUGGUGUCCUGAAGGACAGCAUCCACCUUUUGUGCAAAAAAUAUAUUUUCAUGUUGCAGUAUUUUCUGUGCUCAUAUUCUUGUUCAUAUUUGUAAUUUAAAUGAUGUAAAAAGUGAACAUAGAUAUUUGCAUUGAAGUUUGUUUUAUAAGCUAUGUUUCUAGUUUCAGAAGCGGAUUCUAUGAACA